AGCUUUCACCUUUGUCUGAUUUAAUAGCCUUACAAACGAAAGACAUAUAUUUUGAAAUAAAUUCAUCGCAAUAAGGUAUAUACAGAUUAUUAACAUACAAAGCUACAAAACCAAAGUAAUUCAAGUGAACAGAUUAAAAUAUACAUUUAUAUAUCAACUAGUUUCUAUCACCAAAAAGAGGAAUCUCAAGAAUUUCCAAUUUCAAAAAAUCAGUAUCUAACGUUCGGUUCAACUAUUAACUUGACCGUAUAUUUCCUUCGUAUUUGAAUAUCACUUCCCGGAUGUUCCACCAUACUGUUUUAUCCUGUGCACUCACUCCCAUUUAUCUACAAAAAAAAUUACAACACAUAAACAAACCGCAUACACACACACUCACUCUCACCUAGUACAUGCAUUUAUAUCGCCCCAAAUACCAACAAAACAAAAAACUUUUUCCUCUGCGGGUGUAACGUGUAACAACAUUUCCCGGUUAAGGGUAGUUGUGGGUGGAUCACAAAAAAAAAAAAAAAUAAAAACAACAAAAAAAAAAUUUAUCACCAGGACAACAAUUUACAACAGGAAGAAAAAUAGAAAAUAAACUUAGAGCGCAUAUCCAGUUAAUUUUACUAUCACGAGAGAGAGAGAGAGUGAGAGAAUAAAUUAUCCUUGUAAAAGUCAACAACAACAAUGGGAGAGUCCUGUGAGAGAAAUCGACUAGAAAAAAUGCAUUAGAAAAAUUGAGCAAACUCAUUUUCUAACAACCAACACAGCGCGUGUCCUUAAAAAUAAAAAUAUAUCCAAAUGAGAACAUCAGAGUAUUCACAUUAAAGGAUUCUAAGGACCAAAGAGAGCCCAGAGAGGAUAUACAUGUACUCUGUGUUGGAAAAAAAAAACUAGAGGGUGUGACCGGGUUCUAGGAAAAAUAUUUUUUCCUAUCGUCUUCGCAAAUUGCACAGUUCGGCGGACGGUUCGUUUUUGUCGGGAAAAGAAAAAUUUAUAUUUUUUUGCAAUAAUUUUAAGAAAGAAAAAAAGGAUAUUAAUGUAUCCUUAUAAACAAUAAAGAUACCCCAAUUUGAAUAUUAAUAAAAAAGGAUAUAUUUUAAAAUAGAAAAAGGAUUCCUUGUGAAAAGUUCAUUCCCAUUUCAGUGUGCCCCUGUUCUAAAGUUCAGAAACAAGGAUAUAAAAUCUCAUUCAAAAAAAGGAUAUACUAUCAAUUUCCAAUUCGAUUCACAGUUUUUAAAUCUUUUUCAAUACAAAAAAAAAGAAAAUUUUGUGAAAAUUUACUUUUUUUUUGUUAUCCAUUAAGUCCCAACCCAACCGCCCACUAUAUCAAGGAUCUCCCAGUGUAUGCGUGAAAAGUGUUUCCUUUUUCUGUGCCGUUGUUGAUAAUACCUAUAUAAAAAAAAAAAUGCAACUAUGCCGUUGGUUUUAAAGAUGAGAAUAAUAUUAGUGGAUACGAUGAUGAUGAUGGUGUAAAACGCGAGGAAAAGGGACCUAAAGUACAAGAAAUAAAGGAGCAAAAAAAAAAUAACAAAAAAAAUACAGCAAAUAGCAAAAAAAAAUGUUCUCUGAGUCCUUUCUUUAAGGAUAGAAAAAAUAAUAAAAAAAAAAUAAUAAAACAAAAAAAAAAAAAUAAAAUGGGGUGGUGGUGUUGUGUCACAGUUUUGUGCCUCCCCAUCCUGCACUAGUGCUGCUCUGCUGUAGUUCUCAUUUCUAGAGUUCUCAUUCUCAAAAGGUUCAUUUUAGUUCGUUUUUAUUUUUUUUGUGUGUUGUUCUGUGUUCUCUCCCUAUUUUCUUCUACACUAUACUCUCAUCAUCCUUCGUUUUUAUAUCCUUGAUGCGUGUGUGUGAGUGUAUAUUGCAAUAGAGUCCUUAGGAUCAUACCAUCACCGCCGGGACGCACGGCACAGCAGGAAUAUAAAUUCAACUCAACUCAAACUAAAAAAAAAAAAAAACGUAAAACUUCAAUCAAUAAAAUAUAUAACGUCUGCAAGUGUUGGUGUGUAAAAAGGAUGGGAGGUUGCUGCACUAUCUCGAGAGGAGUUGAGAUUUAGCAAAGCAUCCUUGCGCUGCUGCUACUGCUGCUUACCACCACUAACCGCCGCCGUUGUCGCCGCCGCAUAUCCAUCAUCAACCACCCACCGAUACUUUCCAAAAAGGACGAGAAAGGAGUGUAGACGGAAAAAAAAUCUAUUAUUUAAUUAAAAACUCACAAAACAGAGCAUCUCCUUUUACCGCUUUACCUAUCCACACAAAAAUUAAAAAAAAAAAAUAAAUACAUAUAAAUUAGUUAUUCCCAUCUGACUAAGUUAUAAAAAAGGACACAAAGGACAUCAAGUGGGUUAGCGCAUCUAUUUAACUGGUUUUUUUUUUUUACCUAACUAGAGAAAAAGAAAGACGCGAAAAGUAAUUUCAAUUAAAAAAUAUUUCAAGGAUAUAUGUAACAUAAAAUUUGCUAAAAUUAUCCUUGACGUGGCAAAUUCCAAACCAGGACAAAAGGAAAAAAGCCAAAAAAAGAAACAAAAGAGAUCCACCUUUUUUUUGUGUAAAGAAGGAAGUCGGUCCUUUGGAGUGCUUUUAUUUUUUACAUUGUCGGUUUUUUAUCAAGUGUUUUUUGCUAUAAGGAAAAAACGUUGCACCAGGAUGUCAUGAUAAUGAAGAUGGAAAUUAAGAAAUCUGCACACACUCCAGAAACAAGAACAAAUAAUUAAGGCUUCAAGGCAUCUUAAAUAUACCUACACCUAAUAUGAUAUGGUGGCCAGGAUAGUAGGAUAAUAAUAAAAAUAAUCAUCGUCAUCAUCAACAUCAUUUUAGUCCUUGUUGUUGCCGUUUAAGAGCUCCCCAUUUAGGUAAAAAAAAGGAUAAUAGAACGGCCGCCACCAUAUAAAACACACAGUCUUGUGUCUAAAUGCAAUUUGCCUAUACGAUACACACAUAUGAAAAAAGGAUAAAUGCAGUACCACUCCUCAUCAGCAGCCUUAUAAAACCCACCACCAUCAGCAAUAUUAUACCUCUGCGGGAGUAAAAAUCUUAUAACCGGGGAGAAGUUUCACAUUCUGCGCGGCCCUUUUUAAACAACAACAACAAAAAAGGAUGUGUUUCUAUUUUUUUCUUAUUCGUUUUGUAUAAUCGAUGUGAGUUUGUUUGUGUAUUGUUGUCCUGUUGACAAAACCGUGUAUAUCCUUUGAAGAAAAACACACAAAAAAAAUUGUAUACAAUUCAACAUUUCGCUAGAAGAAAUAUGAAUAAUUAAGGACACGAAUGUGGAUUGUAAGUCUAGGCAAAGUUACCUCAAGGAUAACACUUGACACACAUAGUCCUUGCAACACGAGUAGGUAUACAAAUAUACAAGCGGCUGCUACUGCUGCUGUUGGUGCAAGUGGAAGUUGAAGGUAGUAUCAGGACAGGAUAGAAAAAACAAAUACAACAAAAAAAAAAAUAAAAACAAAAAACCUAAAUAAAAAACCCAAAAGACAUAAUAUAAAUAAAAAUGGGGGACUAUCACGAAUAUACGGAUCAAUAUAAAGUGCCUGUGAUUGCAAAGCUAUUGCAUGCCUUGCCGCACUAUAACAUCACGUUUCACAAAAUCAACAGCACCUUUAGGCCAAAUGAUGAGAUUUAUUUAGAGAGCCUGGGAAUUUUAGGUUCAGCACCGGCUGCACUUUUGAUUAUAUCAUUAUUGGGAUUACUACUUUACUUGAUGACAAGAUGUUGUGAUAGGAAACCACGGCCGGCGCAUUCGAUAACAAGCUUAAAAGUAGCUCUCUCUAUUGUGACGGUGAUGUGCUGUGCAGCAAUUGGAUUGGGUCUUUAUGGCAACGACGAUCUACACAAUGGACUAUUAGAAGUGUUGACUGCUGGUCGAAAGGUUGACAAUCUCGUAACAACGAUUAGAAAUCAAACGCAUAUUCUGGAGAACACCUUAAAGAAUCGAAUCCGACCACAACUAGUGGAAUUGGCUGAUAUUUUUGAUCAGCCAGUAAAUAAUCAAACAGCUCUAUCGAUUUUGUUUGUGUCGCUAAACAUCGUCCAGGGAAAUGUUACAUCGGCGACUAAUGCAGCUGGUGAUAUCCGUCGUCCAUUAAUGGGAAUUUCUAUGACACAUUUUCUUUCGCGUGGCGACCAAUGGGAAUUGAUUCGAUGGCCAGGUACAGUGGCAACACUGGCCUUGCUUUUAGUACUUUGUGCAGUGUUACUGGUUGGUGUUGCCCGCCAUUCUCGUUGUGCACUCAUACUUUUCAGCGUUUGUGGUCUUCUGGCUGUCACUGGAUCAUGGUUAAUGUCUGGGCUAUAUCUGUCAUCAUCAGUGGCCGUUGGGGAUCUUUGCAUCAAUCCGGCAGAUUUUCUUGUUUUGACUGCACCGAGAGAUCUACCGACCAAUGUUCUACUUCAUUAUACCCAAUGCGAACCAGGUCAUACCAAUCCAUUUACCCAGAGAUUAAGAGAGUCUCAGAAUUCUCUAAAUAACGCUCGCAGUGCUAUGGCUACGGUUAUGAAGAUUUCGUUAGUUCUUUUCAAAUCGUCAGGCUUGCAACCCAAACUUGGUGCAGUAAAUGCAGAUUUAAACAGCAGUGAGCGACUUCUCACUCAGCUAACUGCCUUGGUUGACUGUAAGGUGGUUCAUCAUAAUUUCUUAACUGCCGCCAGAGGUCUCUGUGAGGGUGGCCUACUUGGAUUGGUUUUGAUGUUGAUUGCAAGCUUUAUAGCAGCAAUUUUACUCACAAUUAUGGUUUGGGUAGACUCACACACUUGGAUUUAUAUAAGAAAACGUAACGACUAUGCACAGGUAGAUGAGCCAUCAUAUAUUUCCCAUCCACAUCCAGCUCCACAAAAUCAUCAACAGAUGAUGAAUGCUCGAACCUUGCCUCGGAAUCCAAAUGGGCACUUUAGCCCCCCGGCUAUCAGUGGAUCUCAUACCUUGCAGCAUCCAUCGAAGAGACAACAGCAGCAUGAUAUGAUGGGACACGCGCACAUGCAGCAGAACAUGAGGGCUAUGGGCACCCAUACUUUGGGAAGGUUGCCAUCGCACAAUCAUAGCCCCACCCACCUAACUGGUCCAAAUAACGAAUCGUCAGCCUGUAGCGACAUGAACAACCGCCAACCAUCGCAGCAGCCCAUCUACUGCCAUCAUCCUCAUCCGCAUUCCCAUGCCGCAGCAGCAGCAGCAGCGGCCGCACAUGCUCAUUAUCAUCAUCAGCAGCAACAGCAACACCAGCAGCAACAAUAUCCUUAUGUUCCAGCUAGCGCUCAACAAUUACAACAGCAGCAAAAUCAAAUCUAUCAACAAAUACCAGCACAGCUAGGCCCAAUGCCAGUCACCAGUGGUAAUCCACAUUCCAUUUAUCAAUCAACAAGUGGCCCAGCACCAAUUUACGUCUCCAAUUCGGCGACAAUGCGUCGACAAAGCUCACAAGGUAGCAAUGGGCCACAUUCUUUAUACGGUCAACAUCCAUCAAUGCAUCAGCAGUCGUCACAUCAACCAUUGCCGCCACAUAUGCAACAACAUCCUGGACCACUGUCUAAUCAAUUAACAGCGAAGUCCCCACCAAAUGAAACUAUUGAAGUUCCAAGUUCGAAUAGUAUAGACAGUGCUAUGUAUGAGCGAGACAAACAGAUUUACAAGUGUUCGACUCUGAGACAGGGUGGCAAAUUCGAUCCUAAAUAUAAGCCAUCUAUAUUGAAUUGCCCUCUGCCAGAAAUACCAAAGGAUGCUGGAGAUUCGCCCAAGCGGGAAGAACCAAGCAAUAACUAUUCUUCAAAAACCCUCCAAAGGCCACCGAUGAAACUGCCGCCUCAUAUGAAGGUGAUAUCACCGCCAAGGAUUGAAAAUCCAUCAUUGACACCAUCACAAUCUCAAAAUGGAGGCAACGGUCAUUUGAAUGGUCAAGCGAUGACACCAACAAAUCCCACAACACCAUCAUCGGCGAUGCAACCACAACAACAACAACCUGGUGCAACAAAUAAUCAAACAAAAUCGCCUCCACCUCCAUCAGCGGUAAGCAUGAGUUCAUCACCUCCCAAAGUUGGUACUCCUCAAAUGAGUGGUAAUAAUAUUAUGCCAAAUGGAGAUGAUCAAGAUUUGCCACCACCACCGCCACCAGCGUUAAAUGACGAAUCAAAUUAUGCUGUGACUGAACUUUAAAAAUAAAACAAAAAUUUAAAUUACAUAAAUACUUAUAAGAUCUGAUAAGUAAAAUAAUAAUACAAUUGACUGCUGGGUAAGAUUUAAAACAAAUUAAGUUCUUAUUAAAAAAAUGUUAAAAACACACGCCCGUUUAUCCUUAAUUGCUGCUUAAUGAAAAACAGAAAAGGGCACUUUUAUAAUUUAAAUGAUAAUGAAAUGAUGAUAGGAUGAUGAUUAAUUUUGUUUUCCAUGAAAAUUGCAAAUUACGCUACAGGCUGAUCAAAUAAUUAUUUUAAAAAAAAAUUUAAAAUUAAUUUGCAAUUUAAUGGAUAUUUAAAUUACGAGAACAAAAAUAUUUACGAAAAUUGUGAUUUAAUUGAUGAUAAACUUAUCGGACAGAUAAAGACAAUGUAAACAAAAAACGAAGAAUCAAAAGAUGACACACAAUUUGUGUGUUUUAAACUUGAAGUACGAGUAGAUUUAAAAAACUGUAUAGAUGAAAGCUAUUUAGCUUUUUAUGUUUAAUUUAAGAAAAUAUACAUUCGCUUAGUUUUUUUUUGAAAAUGAAGAAAAGAAAAGUAUUUUAUGUGAGAAAGAUAGUUUGGAUCCUCUAACAAAACAAUAUUUAAGAGUUCUUUGUGUUUAAAAUCAUAAAUUUAAAAUGAAACAAGUCCACAAAAUCCGAUUUCUUAAAAUAUAACAUAGGGUUCACUGUGGUGUAUACGUACUUUUUUUUUAAUAUACUAUGUUUCAUAUAAAAUCAUUUUGAUUUCCCCGAAAAAAAAGUACGAAAUUCUUCAGGAGGCCAUGGUUAGGUAAAUUUCAAAUGGCUGUCAGGCAGAGACCCGACUCACUUAGACCCUCAUGGGCCUAUUGUGACAUUACAGAAGUUGGCGAGUUUGGAAGUCACUAAUCGAACCACUCGGACCUUCUAAUGAAUAGGGACACACUUUUAGUUUGUUUUAACUAGAUCGCUAGUAUUUCCUAGAUGGAGUCUUAAGUGGUAAUCUAACCUAACUUAAAACUCUGUUGCAUUCUUGGUAUUAUUAUCGCUUUAAAUAUCCUUAAUAAGUUGGUCCUUGGACUUCCUUGGUAAUCGCCGAAUUAAAUUGUAUGGUCUGAGAAAUGCAGUUUUAAACAUUUUUUACUGGUACUACUUGGCUGUACCCUUUUGCUGUUUGUUCUCAAGUCCUUCAAUGCAACAAACGUAUAAAAUGAGUUAAGCUAAAUUUUAAUGAAGUACCCAAAUAUCUGUCUAUUUCAAAGAAAAGAUAAUAACUGGGGCUAGAUUCUAAAGAAAGCAA